AUGACGGAUUGUUCCUUAGAGCUGGUCACGGACCUUCAGUUCCCAACUAGGGUGGGCAGCUCUGUUGCGAGAGACACCACUCCAGAUCUAGCAUUUACCAAAAACGCGGCGGGCGUACAGUGGGCUAACCUGCAGGAAUACCUGGGAAGUGAUCACUUUAUCCUCUCGGUCACCCAGGAAACCCGGGUGCCUCCGCCUAGGGAGUUCAGGGUGACGGACUGGGACGAGUUUAGAAAGCUCCGCAAGGCUGAUCAGACCGAAUAUGGCACGUUGAAGGACCUCUUCUCGCGAUUAGCAGAGGAUGCUCUCCUCGCAACCAAGACGGUCCAGACUGACUUACAGGUGGAUGCAAUGGACUCACGUCUUGCGCAUCUGUUGGAGGCUAAAAAAUCACUGGUUGAGAAAUGGCGCACGCAGAAGCUCAAUAGGAGGCUGCGGAAGCGCAUAUCGCUCCUCAAUAAAGAAAUCGAGGACUAUUCUCAGGAACUGUCUAGGCAGCAGUGGAAUGAAGCUUGCUCAAAAGUAGACGGGCAGAUGCGGCAUCUCUUUGGCAAACUGGAUAUGACGGUGCAGUUUGGAUCAGCUACGGUGAACAGUUCGCUGGUAGUGGUGGAUCAUCGAGGGCCCCUCCUGUGCGGGAGAGAUACGAUAGAGGCAUUUCGCAAAGCGGUUGUGUCCCUUUUGGAAGAAGGAGCGUCGUUGUCCGUGAAUGUUGUUCACGGCGACACCCAGUUAAGCGCGCUGGAAUUUUCGGACAUACUUCAGAAGCUCGGGUGCUGUAGGGGACCGCCGGUGAAGCUGUACCUUAAAGAUGGAGCACAACCCCGGUUUUGCAAGGCUCGUACAGUUCCGUAUGCCAUGAGAGCGCAAGUAGCUGCCGAAAUCGACAGGCUCGUGGGAGAGGGAGUGUUGUCACCAGUUAGCGUGGCUGAAUGGGCAACACCAGUAGUGCCUGUAGCGAAGAAGAACGGGGACAUCCGGCUGUGCGGAGAUUUUAAACUGACGGUCAACCCAGCGACACGAGUAGAGCAGUAUCCGCUACCAAAAAUUGACGAUAUUUUUGCAGCGCUAUCAGGAGGUGAGGUAUUCAGCACUCUCGACUUACGGAAUGCUUACAACCAGCUGCCCCUCGAUGAAGAAGCCAAGAAGAUAGUUGUGCUGAAUACACACAAGGGCCUCUUCUGCUACAACCGCUUAGCGUUCGGCAUUGCCUCUGCGCCGGCGCUGUUUCAACGUCGCAUAGAAGCGGUGCUACACGGCAUACCAGGGGUCAAAGUUUACCUGGACGACAUUAUUGUAGCAGAAAAAGCACACGACGCACCAGUACUGCGGCAAGUGUUCGAACAGCUACGGGCGAACGGUCUCACGCUGAACAGGGAGAAGUGUCGGUUCCGGGAAAAGGAAGUCGCAUUUUUGGGGCACCGAAUCGAUGCAAGGGGCCUUCACCCGCUGCAGGACAAUUUGGAGGCAGUGCUAGCGGCGCCGCCACCGACAUCGAAAGUGUCCGACUACACCAACAAAGACGACGUACUCCAGCAAGUGAAGACGUGGAUCUUACGAGGCUGGCCCAGGCGUCUGGGUUUGGAACAACAGUGGUACCAACCAUAUUUUGCACGGAGACAUGAAUUGGCUGAAAGUAAGGGGGUAUUAUACUGGGGUCACCAUGUGGUGUUGCCCGAAGCGGCUCAGGCAUUUGUUUUGAAAGAGUUGGACGACACACACCCGGGCAUGACUGCAAUGAAGAAUAUCGCGCGCUCAAUAUUUUGGUACCCAGGGUUGGACAAGGAUAUUGAGAAGCUGGUAAAACGGUGUCCCCAAUGUGUGCAGUGCUUGCCCAUGCCCACAGCGCAGGUCCCGGCAAACUGGCCGAAGACGAACAGACGGUGGUGCCGUUUACACAUGGAUUUUGCUGGUCCCCUGGAAGGGCAUAUGAUCUUCGUUCUCGUAGACGCGGAGACUAAAUGGAUAGAGGCGGUGCCCCUGAGGACUGCGACGGCGGCAACUACAGUAGACACACUUAGGUGUAUUUUCGCACGCUUUGGCCUGCCACGGACUGUCAUGUCGGAUAAUGGUCCGCAGUUCACUAGCGCUGAGACAGCGCGGUUCUUCCGGGAAAAUGGGGUGCGCCACAUAACGACUGCCCCAUACUACCCUCAAUCGAACGGGUUGGCGGAAAGGGCAGUACGCACCAUCAAAGAGGGUUUAAAGAAAAGCCAAGCGGGAACUUUGCAAAGUCGACUUGCCAAAUUUUUGUUACGUUACAGGACCACACCCACCCGAGAAGAGCAGUCGCCCGCGGAAAUGCUGUUGGGAUUCCAACCUCGAACUCGCCUAAGCACCUACUUCGAAGAGGAGGAUGGAGCGGGCAAGAGUGCUACCGUCAACGGCGCCCCGAGUAACAGAGUGCAGCAAUUUGUUCCUGGAACACAAGUGUGGACUCGACAGUAUAAUCAGCUUGGUCAAAGGUGGCUACCGGGAACCGUGACGACUGUGGAAGGCCAGCGUUUGUUAACCGUCGACACGCCAAAAGGGGUGCAGCGAAGGCACGUCGAUCAGGAAAGGCCAUCCUCAUCUGGUGACACCCAAUCAACAAGCAGCCAAGCCCUGCAAGCUGGGCAGCCCGAGAUGGGAGCGUCUGGAGGUUGCAUCGAGCCCACAGCGAGCCCAGUGUCUACAACGAAACCUAUUCCUCUCAGACGCUCAACCCGCACUCGUAAGCCCCCGGACAGGCUCUUACUUAGAGGGGAGGAAGUGCGGCAUCGUAGGCCGCCAGUGGCACGCGCCGAAGAACGUCGAUCACAGCACGUGCCUGGACGCCUUGUAAUUGCGCAUUCUCCCGUCGCUUGGCGCGGGUAUAAAGCCACUACAGCCUCUUGA